AUGGAAGAGAAAGUCACAACCGAGGCAACGGACAUUGCUUACCCCGUGGAACAGGAACUCUCCACACCGCCGACACUCACUGCGGAAGAGGAGAGACUGCUGUGGCGGAAGAUAGACCUUCGUCUCCUGCCGAUUUUGAUCAUCAUGUAUUUGGUGGCGUCCAUCGACAGGAGCAAUAUAGGCAACGCUAAACUGCAAGGGCUACUAACCCAGCUCAACCUCACCGGUGACCAAUACAAUGUAGCCCUCGUGAUGACUCGGGUCUGGAAUCGCAGCCUGCUACUUAAGAAGCUUCGGCCUUCGAGAUGGUUACCAGGAAUUACCCUCGCGUGGGGUAUCAUCGCGACGCUUAUGGGCCUCGUAAAGACAUACCCGCAGCUCGUCGGAGUGCGCGUCUGCUUGGGUAUCGCAGAGGCGGGCCUGCCCCCCGGUGUCUUCUACUACAUCACGAUGUGGUACCCGCGCCACAUGGUGCAGUACCGCGUCGGCCUCUUCUGGGGUGGGGCGACUUUCGCGGGCGCAUUCUCAGGUCUGCUCGCGUUCGCGAUCUCGUUCAUGUCCGGCACAGCAGGGCUGCUUGGGUGGUCGUGGAUCUUUAUUAUCGAAGGACUCAUAACCAUUGUCGUCGCGUUCGCUGCAUUCUUCAUACUUGUAGACUUCCCAGACACUGCGAUGUUCCUCACGCCGGAAGAGCGGGCGUACGUGGUGCACCGGAAGAGUAUCCUUGCGCUUGCAGAAUACGACAACUCCUCCGUAGGUGAGGAGGAACACUUCGAGAUGCGGCAGUUGUGGGAGACGCUCUUCAACUGGAAAGUCAUUCUCUGCUGCCUGAUCAACGCCUCUGUGAUUACGCCUGUAUACGGCAUCACCCUGUUCUUGCCGUUUGGGUUCAACACCGUCAUCUCUCAGCUUCUCUCUGUGCCGCCAUACAUCGUAGGAACCGCAGCCGUGGUGGCAUGGUCAAAGUGGUCGGACAUCCAUCAAAAACGCUCUCCCUCGAUCCUCGCGGGGCUCCUGUUCUGCCUCGUCGGCUUCGCCAUUAACGCGGCGGACACGCCUAUCGGCGUGCGGUACUUCGGCACCUUUCUCGUCGUCACAGGGGGCUACGCGGGGUUCCCGGGGAACGUUUCCUGGAUGGGGAACAACACCGUGGGGCACUAUAGACGUGCGAUCGCCAUCGGGAUGCAGGUUAUGUUCGCGAACGCCGGCGGCGCGAUCGCGUCCAACAUCUACCGCGUCCAGGAUGCGCCGCACUACCUCCUCGGACAUGCCGUCGAGCUCGGGUUCGUCGGUAUGGGCCUGACGCUCCUGCCCAUCAUGGUCUUCACGUACAUGCGCGCAAACGCGCAGCGGGAUGCGGCUCAGCGCGAUAUGGAAGCGCGUGGUGUGAAGAUCGAGUACUCGACGGAGGAGCUGCGGAAGAUGGGCAACCAGGCGCCAGACUUCCGGUUCACGCUGUGA